AUGUCGCCAUCAUCGUCAAUAACUUCCUGAUUUCCAAAGAAGAAAGUAGCCCACAGAGCUAUUGCCUUUUAUGGUUCUUUAAGACUAACUCAGAAAUUAUGAAUUAAGAAAUCAUAUCUGUUUAUAAAGACACAAAAUGGACCAGGCAUAUUAUGAAAGGAUUUCAAGACAAAAGCAUGUAAGAACAUUACUUCAGAAAGCUGUUUUAAAUCUGUGCCAAAAGAAUUAUGCUUCAUGUGCCCCAAACCUUGAAGUAGAUGGAAUUAUUUGCAUAUCAUUUCCAGAUAGUCCUGACCAGCAUGUGGUAAAGAUUCAUGAGAAAAUUCAGCUGAAUGAUUUUCGUACAGGUCUUUCAUGUAAUGACGCACCAGUGACAAAAGUUCACAGGUCACCUAAUAAUUGUAAUAAUGGUCAACAUAUGUAUGUUGUACACAAUAAUGAGUCUGAUGAAGUUGUGGAAGAUAGAGAUAGUAUGCAAAGCUCAUACUUAGAGGUUAGAGAUGAAAAUUCAUUGUCUUUAAGCCCUGGAAAUUCAGUCUUUCCAAAGAUGGAAUCUGUCUCAUCACUGAAUAAUAAACAAUUUGAAGGGGACGUACACAGUUCUAAGUCAAAAAGGAAAAUGUUUAAAGUAGUUCAACGCAAAAGAAACACUAUUGAAGAACCAGAUGUUGUGUCAGACUCUUCAGAUGAGGAAAUGAAUGUGUUGAAAGAGCAAGAAUCCUCCAUUUCCAGUCCACAUCAUACUAAAAAUGAUAAUAUAGGGAAAGGCCAGUCUCCAAAUGGAAAGAAAACUAACUUUUGUGAAUCUGUAAAAGACGGAUAUGUCAUUGUCAAGGUUGAAAAUUUUGAUGAUGAAGGCAUUGACGAUUCAAAACAAAAUGACAUUUGCUUGGGCAAAAAUAAUAAACAGGCAGAACUUGGCAGUGAUAGACUACCAUCUCGAAAAUGGAUUCAUUUGCCAUCACAUGAUGAAAAUGAAUCAUCAUACAACAAAGGUAGAGAAUCUCUUAUUACAAUCGAAGGUCAUCUCACUGAUAAUUCAGCACAUGAAAGCCCAAACAGAAACUCUAAUAACAAAGAUAUCCAUUUUCCUGAUACUGAUGGAUAUCAAGUUAGACCCUCGGUCGGACAGAUUGAUUUAUCAAAAACAUCUGGCUUCUGCGGUUCAAGUCCUGAAGACAAACAUUUAGAUUCUUAUAGUUACCGUGGGAAUGAUUCACAGUUCAGAGAUUCAUCAAGCUUUUCAAAUCUUGACAAUGUAAGCUGUUUCCCUCCAUUUACUAGAAGCUUGUUAGAGACUAGAGCUCUUCAGACUAAAGGUACAAAAAGUGUAGACAAUCUUUUAAUGAACAAGUGUAAAAAAGAUCAACUGAGUGUCCACGAAUCAUCCUUUAGAGAUAGACAAAGUAUGAUUGAUCUCCAAACAACGUCAACUGCCUCAGAAAAAAAAUCGCCAUUUUCAACCUAUACUAUAGCUCUUAAUACAGACAAGGAGAAGAAAUAUUUUUGCAAGCAUUGUGGGAAGGGAUUCACUCUGAAAUGUACGAGGUCACGACAUGAAAAGACAAUUUGUGGAGGGGGAGGUGAAGGACAAUACAGAUGCCAUAUAUGUUUGAAAGUGUUUACUCGCUCUGACAGUAGAUGUAGACAUCUAUGGAAGACCCAUGGUGUUAAAAAUGAAGUUACUACAAUGUGUUGAUGUUUAUGAAUUUCAGUAAUCAUGGUAAUAUUUUGUGCUUUUAGUAUGUAUUUUUAAACAUAUUUUUGUUAAAACUGAAAUUACUACUGUGUGCUGACAUUUCAGAAUUUCUGUAAUUGUGUGUGCUUGAAAUAAGAAUGUUUAAAUAUAGUUUUCCUACAUGUAAAAGGAAGUUUUUAAUACUUCAAUGUGUUGAUGUUAAGUAAUUUCAGAAAUAGAAUGUGAAUUAUUUCUGAAUUUUCAGAAUGUAUGAACCUAAUUAUUUCCAGCAAUUUGCUUUACAGUACUUCUGAUAUUGCUUGAAACUAUUACAGUUUUAAUUUUUUCUGAAUUUCCACAAUUAGUUUGUUCUAAAUUUUAUUUUUGCAUGAAAGAUAUC